GAAGGCGGCGACAGCCCGGCAGCGGGGACUUUUCUGGUAGGCUCGUGGCGAGGGGCGCGGACUGAGAGUCUAACCGUGCCCCGGCUCACGGUUCCAGCGAGCGUGCACAGCGCCCCAAAAGAGCUUGCCGCCGGCUUGGGCCCGCCCCGCGACGCCCGGCCCCCGGCCGCCGCCGGCGCCACCACCCCGAUCUCUGUGCCCGCCGCGGUGGGUGGCAUGAUGGUGCGCGGAAGGCAGCGCGGCCCUGGCCAGCUGAGUCGCGGCGGCGGUGGUAGCGGGCUCCCCAGCGGCAUGCCAGUGCCCCCUGGGCGCGAUGGCUAGCGGCAGUGCCGGGAAACCCACUGGCGAGGCGGCUUCUCCGGCUCCUGGGAGCGCCGUCGGCGGGGCCAGCUCACAGCCGCGGAAGAGGCUGGUGUCCAUCUGUGAUCACUGCAAGGGCAAGAUGCAGCUGGUGGCCGACCUGCUGCUGCUGUCGAGCGAGGCGCGGCCCGUGCUCUCCGAAAGCCCCGCCUCCCCUGGCGCUGGCGCCGAGUCCUUCGAACAGUGCCGGGACACCAUCAUCGCGCGCACCAAGGGGCUGUCCAUCCUCACCCACGACGUGCAGAGCCAGCUCAACAUGGGCCGCUUUGGAGAGGCAGGGGACAGUCUCGUGGAACUGGGCGACCUAGUGGUGUCGCUGACCGAGUGUUCUGCGCAUGCGGCCUACCUGGCAGCCGUGGCCACGCCGGGGGCUCAACCUGCCCAGCCUGGCCUUGUGGACCGCUACCGUGUGACACGCUGUCGCCACGAGGUGGAGCAGGGCUGCGCUGUGCUUCGAGCUACCCCGCUGGCCGACAUGACCCCGCAGCUGCUCCUGGAGGUGUCGCAGGGUUUGUCUCGCAACCUCAAGUUCCUGACGGACGCGUGCGCCCUGGCCAGUGACAAGUCACGGGACCGCUUCUCGCGCGAGCAGUUCAAGCUGGGCGUCAAGUGCAUGAGCACCAGUGCAUCGGCGCUGCUGGCAUGCGUGCGCGAGGUGAAGGCGGCGCCCAGCGAACUGGCCCGCAGCCGCUGCGCGCUCUUCAGUGGGCCCUUGGUGCAGGCCGUGAGCGCCCUGGUGGGCUUUGCCACCGAGCCUCAAUUCCUGGGUCGCGCAGCCGCCGUGAGCGCCGAAGGCAAGGCGGUGCAGACCGCCAUACUGGGAGGUGCCAUGAGCGUGGUGUCGGCCUGCGUGCUCUUGACCCAGUGCCUCAGGGAUCUGGCGCAGCACCCCGAUGGGGGCGCCAAGAUGUCGGACCACAGGGAGAGGCUGAGGAACUCGGCCUGCGCCGUGUCUGAAGGCUGCACCCUGCUAUCUCAGGCUUUAAGGGAAAGGUCUUCACCCAGGACUUUACCGCCAGUGAAUUCCAAUUCUGUGAAUUAGCACCCCCGCCCCAUCUCCCCCCCCCCCCGUUUUCCACCCCAGGCUAAAGGAAGACUCUUACUCCUCCCCUCUCCAUUUAUACCAAAGAAAUCAUAGGUGACCCCCCCCCAUGUUAAAUGCUCAAGAGGAAUUUUCCAGAACGCAGGGCCAUAUACACAAGUUAACACAUACACACAGAGGGUCCAGGUGUCUACCAGCCCCCUGUAGGGACUCAGAUACAGAAGAUGGAUCUAGGUAGUCUUGCUGGCUUGCAGGAUUACUCCUACACCCUCCAGCCCCUCAACUCAAUUACUAAUUUGGCAGGAAAGAGGUCAUGGGUUCAUUUCUUUCUUCUUUUUAAUUAAAAGAAAGGUUACCUCAGUUUUCACUCCUUAGACAUGGAUGUAGCUACCUUUUUGUAUGUCGUUUCUUUUUGUUGAAUUAGAGUAUACAUGGUGUGAUAAGAGUAUGACUUUGCCAUGUGGUUUGCAAAUGGGGGGAAGGCUACUGUGAGUGUGUGUUGUAUUUUUUAAUUUACACUAUAGAGUGAUUUUUUUUCCCCCAAUGUCAAGUUUUUACCCUGCAUGUACUGGAGUAUUUAUUUCAUCUAUUAAAUUGUUAUGUUUCUCA